UUUGGAACAUUUUAUUUAACCAAUUUUAUCCUUUUAGAUUUUGGUCCCCUUGUUUUUCUCCAAUAGGAUUUUUCUUGUUCAUCAUAGAUUAAAUUUAACCAAUUUUAAAACAUUUCAACAUUGUUUAAACUGGUUUGUUUUCACUUGUAUCUGUUAUUAGAAAACAAUGGAGUCAGUAUAAUCUCAAUCACCAAAUCUUGUUUAUUUUUAGAAUCGUUGCCCCCCAAUGGUGCUUUUUCAAAAAGAACAACCCCUUCCUUCCAACAAAUAAAAAAAAAAAAAAGAACACUUCAACAUCAACAUUUUCAUGUCAAUCAAAGAAAUGGAGGAAUCAAUGAGUGGGUAUGAAAAUGAAAUUGGGAUGAAGUUAAGUGAAGAUGUCAAUCAAAGGUAUACAUCAAUGGCGUCUGGGAAAGUUGCAGACAUUCAUACAGAACUUAAGAACAAGGAAAGGUACAUCCAAUCCUUGAAAACUGAACUUGGGAAAGCUAAAGAAUUGGAAGUGAAAUUGGCUGAAAAAGAAGCGUCGUUUCGUAAACUAAAACAAGAGUUGGUAAAAUCAAGAUUAUUCGAGUCCGAAGCCAUGAAUUUGUUGUCUCAAGGGAAGAAGAGAAUCCAGGAAUUAGAGGAAGAGAUUGAGAGAAGGAAAGAAUCGGAGAAGAAGAUGCAUGAUUCGUUCGUUGCUCAAUCAAAAGAACAUAAACAAACCCAGAUUUCUUUAGAAAGAUCCAAGCAAGAAAUCAAGCUUUUGUUGGAAAAUCUGGAUAAAUCUGAAGGUUCAUCAGAGGUUGCAUCACAGAGUUCAGUGGGGGAUGAUCAUUUAGACAGACAUGAAUUUGAGCUUCAAUUGACUAAAGCUAACUCAGCUCGUGCUCUUGAAGAUGAACGAGCUUCGUCAUUGAAAGCAAAGAAAUUAGCUGAAGAAGUGAAGUCGUUAAAGAGUCAACUAAGAUCCACCAUUGAAGCUGAAGAAAACAACCAAAAGGCCAUGGAUGAUUUAGCCUUAGCAUUGAAGGAAGUGAAAUCUGAAGCAAACGAAACAAAAGAGAAGCAUUGUUUAACGAUCCAAGAGCUCGAGAAAUCGAAAGAGGAAGUCAAAAACUUGAAGCUGCAACUGAAGAAAGUUGAAGAACAAUACAUGGAAGCAAAGGAAGCAGCUGAUAGAUUCAACAAUACCUCAGAGAGAUUGAGACUUGAAGCUGAAGAAACCCUUUUAGGAUGGAAUGGAAAAGAGAAGGGAUUCGUUGAAUGUAUUCGAAAAGCCGAAGAUGAAAGGAAUGCGGCUCACGAAGAGAACAAAGCAUUGCUUGAAGCACUCGAGGAAUCUAAAAACAUGUAUAAAAUAGCCAAGGAAGAGAAUCAGAAACUACGGGAUAUAAUGAAACAAGCUAUAAAUGAAGCUAGUGUAGCAAAAGAAGCAGCUAAUAUUGCCAGGGAAGAGAAUUCCCAACUCAAAGACACCAUUGCUAAAAAAGAAGAAGCUUUGAAUAUCCUUUCACAAGAGAAUGAAAGUCUUAAGAUCAAUGAAGCAGCAGCAGUUGAAAACAUUAGGGAUUUGAAACUAUUGUUUUGUGAAGCAAAUUGGGAAACUGAGGAUCAUCAUGAACAAGCCACGAAACAAAAACCAGUCAAUACUAGUUCUGCAGAAAAGGAUCAUAGUAAGAAAGUAAAGCGUUAUCAUGAACGCAGUAGUGGUCCUUUGAGCUUGACAUUCCCAGUGAGAGCAAGUGAUGAAGAUUCGAGUUCGGAUUACUCUGAUGAUCCACUUAAAGGAUCCAUUUUUGAUGUGGCUGAAACCCCAAAGUCUGCUCCUGCCGCUGGUUCAACACCAAGUGUUGGAACCCAUCAGAGGAAAAAGUCAUCUUCUGUGUUGACGGAUGAUGAAGGAAUGAAUGGCGAGGAGUUUGAGGGAAUUGAUACAAGCCAUUUUGAUGAAGAAGGUGAUAGGAGCACGAGAAAGAAGAAAGCUUUGUUAAGAAGGUUUGGUGAUCUUAUAAGGAGAAAAAAUAUUCCCAAAAAGGAACAACCUUUAGAUCAAGGAGAAAAAUAAAAUGAAGUUUGUAUAUGAUUUUCAAUUUGUUUGUUCUUUUUUUUAAAAUUAUUUUUCUUUAAUUAUGUGUUUCUUAUAAAACUGUAAUGUGACUUAUCAUUACACAAAUACUUGUUGGUAAUAUAUACAAUUAAAACGUGUAUAAUAAAAUUAAAAUUAAAAUUAGAAAAUAUAAAAAUAAAUUAAAAUUAA